GGUCCUGAGCAGCCCGGCCCAGCUUGUGGCCCCCGUCCUGGUGGCCCGGGGGACUCUGUCCAUCACCACCACCGAAAUCUACUUCGAGGUGGACGAGGAUGACCCCACCUUCAAAAGGGUUGACUCUAAGGUCCUAGCAUACACUGAGGGUUUACAUGGUAAGUGGAUGUUCAGUGAGAUUCGGGCAGUUUUCUCUAGACGCUACCUCCUGCAGAACACAGCGAUGGAGGUCUUUAUGGCCAACAGAACAUCAGUCAUGUUUAACUUUCCUGACCAGGCCACGGUAAAGAAAGUGGUCUAUAGUCUUCCUCGAGUGGGAGUGGGCACCAGCUAUGGACUCCCGCAAGCCAGGCGCAUCUCCAUGGCCACCCCUCGGCAGCUUUUCAAAUCCUCCAACAUGACCCAGCGCUGGCAGAGGAGAGAGAUCUCAAAUUUUGAGUAUCUCAUGUUUCUCAACACUAUCACAGGGAGGACAUACAAUGACCUGAACCAGUACCCGGUCUUUCCCUGGGUCCUCACCAACUACGACUCAGAGGAGCUGGACCUGACCUUGCCAGGGAACUUCAGAGAUCUCUCAAAGCCCAUUGGUGCUCUGAAUCCAAAGCGUGCAGCCUUCUACGCUGAUCAUUAUGAGACCUGGGAAGACGACCAGGCACCACCUUGUCAUUACAACUCCCACUACUCCACAGCUGCCUCCACCCUGCACUGGCUUGUCAGAAUAGAGCCCUUCACCACAUUCCUCUUUGGUACCAAUAACGACAAGUUCGACCACCCUGACCGCACCUUCUCAGCCAUCGCCCGCUCUUGGAGAAACUGUCAGAGGGACACCUCCGAUGUAAAGGAACUGAUUCCUGAGUUCUACUACCUCCCGGAGAUGUUUGUCAACAGCAACGGCUACCACCUGGGAAUGAGGGAGGACAGGACCAUGGUUUAUGACGUGGACCUGCCAGCCUGGGCCAAGAAGCCUGAAGACUUGGUUAGGAUCAACAGGAUGGCCCUGGAAAGCGAGUUUGUGUCAUGUCAGCUGCAUCAGUGGAUUGACCUUAUUUUCGGCUACAAGCAGCGAGGCCCGGAAGCAGUGCGUGCCCUCAACGUCUUUCACUACCUGACUUACGAGAACUCCGUCAAGCUGGACAGUAUCACUGACCCUUUGCUCAGAGAGGCCACAGAGGCACAGAUCCAGAGCAUUGGACAGACGCCAUCUCAGUUGCUUAUUGAGCCACAUCCUCCACGCAGCUCCGCCAUGCACCUGAGUCCUCUUAUGUUCAAAGACCAGAUGCAGCAGGAUGUCAUCAUGGUGUUGAAGUUUCCAUCCAAUUCUCCUGUAACGCAUGUGGCCGCCAACACCCUGCCCCAUCUUACCAUCCCGGCUGUAGUCACAGUUACCUGCAGCCGUGUAUUUGCUGUCAACCGAUGGCACAACACCGUCGGUCUCCGAGGAGCACCGGGCUACUCUCUUGAGCAGGCCCAUCACCUUCCUAUAGAGAUGGAUUCUCUUGUUGCCAACAAUACAGGAAGCAACAAGCGUCAGAUCACAGAUCUAGUGGACCAGAGCAUCCAAAUCACCACACACUGUUUCGUGGUGACAGCUGACAACCGUUACAUACUGGUGUGUGGCUUCUGGGACAAGAGCUUUCGUGUGUACUCCUCAGAGACAGGCAAGCUGACCCAGAUAGUUUUUGGACACUGGGACGUGGUGACAUGUCUGGCCAGAUCCGAGUCUUACAUCGGGGGAGACUGCUACAUCGUCUCUGGGUCCAGGGACGCUACGCUGCUGCUGUGGUAUUGGAGCGGACGGCACCAUAUUAUUGGCGACAACCCCAAUAACAGUGACUACCCAGCUCCACGAGCAGUUUUGACGGGUCAUGACCAAGAAGUAGUGUGUGUGGCAGUGUGCGCAGAGCUGGGCCUGGUCAUCAGCGGAGCCAAAGAGGGCCCAUGUCUGGUCCACACCAUCACAGGGGACCUGCUGCGGGCUCUGGAGGGGCCAGAGUACUAUCAGUGCCCACGGCUUAUCUCAGUAUCCAGUGAGGGCCACUGCAUCAUAUACUACGAGAGGGGCCGCUUCUGCAACUUCAGCAUUAAUGGAAAACUGCUGGCACAGAUGGAGGUCAAUGAUUCCACCAGGGCUAUUCUCCUGAGCAGUGAUGGCCACAACCUGGUGACAGGUGGAGAUAACGGCGUGGUGGAGGUGUGGCAGGCCUGUGACUUCAAACAGCUCUACGUCUACCCCGGCUGUGAUGCUGGCGUCCGAGCCAUGGACCUGUCACAUGAUCAAAGGACAUUGAUCACAGGCAUGGCGUCUGGCAGUAUCGUGGCAUUUAACAUUGAUUUCAACCGGUGGCACUACGAGCAUCAGAACAGGUACUGAGGAGAGACACAGCCACGCAGCAGGAGCGUUCAGAGAGAUCUAACCAACCAGAGGCCGAGCUGCAGGAAAUCCACAGAGCAUGGAGGACCUCCAGUGGGCUGCAGGACAUCACCAUGGUGACACUUAUAAAGAACAAAGUGUGCUCACAUGUGUUCAUCUGGCCUGGAGAAUCUGGAUGAAUUUGCUGUUGGUUUUCACGUGUUACAUGAGCACCAGCCGUCGACUUCCCCAACUGAGCAUGAGCGACUGAGAUGAACUUAAUAACACAAACACACUGUAAGCGUUUAAGUUGCUGUUCCGAAUUGUGAAAAUGCAAAACAAAAUGAAUCCUCUGUUACGAACAUUUAUACAACAUUUGUAUGGCAGACACAUAUCUCACAUGGGACACUUUUCUAGAGGAAACCAGUGAACCUGUAAUGUAAAUAUGGACAGUGUAAAGUGAUACUUCCCUGUAAAGACUGAUAGAUCUGAAUGCUGUUAGACUAGCCACCAUGUUGCCGUCAUCUUCAUCAUGCGAGCCAUGUAUAAUGUUCUACAUGUCUCCAUUGACUUCAGAUAUUAGUUGGGUGUAAAACAUAUAUAUGGCCCUUGUUGCUCAUUGUUAUUAAUAUUGGCCAAAUGUGUGUACGUGAAAAGACAAAAUGUUUGUGGUUCAUUUGUUGUUUGAUUGUCUUUAUGGAAAAAAAGUUAAAAUCAGUGUGAGCGUUGUCCUUUGUGAAAUACUUGUUUUUCAUAAUGUCAGUGAAAAGGAUAAUUGUGGUAUUUCCAUAUUCACUUUAAAUUAAAGGAUAAUUUUAUUAUAAAUGGCAAGUAAUUAAUGACUUACUGUGGGUUCCUAAAGUAUUUUCAAGCGGGACAUUUGAAAAAGCAGUAAUCAAUGUUUUGAUUUGUUCUUUCAUCUUCUCCCAAAAUUAAAAGACAGAUUUGUAUCUCAUGACUGUUUACGUUUGAUAAAGCUGUAAGACAAUUCAAAGGAAGUGAGAUUUUAAAGACUAUAAUGUUGGCCCUGCAAACAUUAGUCCUGUUACUUCUGCAUAUCACAGUUUUCAGUAUUCCUAUUUUUGAAAAGAAUGUUUGCUUGUCCAUUUUAAAUCUGUGUAUUCAUGAACAUCAGUCCGUGCUGUAACUCGAUGCAUUGGUAAGCAAUAUUCUGACUUGAUAGCUGAACAGGUCGUGUUUCAGCUGUGACAAAAAUAUCUAAUAAUGAACAUGAUGGUGUUCCAAAAAUGACUAUAGUGUAUUUUUGGUGAUAAAUGAGAAGUCUGUCGCUGUGAGCUGACACAUUUAAAUGAACAAAAUAUGCAAAUAGAUUUUGAGUUUGCAUUCUGAUGUUUCUAGUGGGUCUACUAGACACCAAACUACCUUCUCCCUAAAUAAUUUCCGCUUAAAAUGAGUUUGACAAAUAUUUAGUAAUGUAGCAAUUCAAGUUAAGGUUAAGGUAGGUAAGUUUGAGAAACCGGCUCCAGAUACACUUUUUGUUAUAUUCCAUGGAAUGCUCUUAACACCCCGAUAGCA